AGUGCUCGUAAUCGCGGCUAUCAUGGCGCCGGCCGUCAGGCUAGGAUGGCCAAAUCCUCGCUCUGCCGAUUGAGAGGCGAUCGGAAGCUUAUAUUAAUUAGUUUCACUAACAUCCUUGCUAUUUCAAGUCACGACCUGCGUAAAAAAUGGGUUCAAGAAUACGGGAUUCGCCGUCGAAAAUACUUGAAUGCUUCUGUGAAGUUGUUAUACCGAGGAAUGGCAACGAAAGUGCGUGGAUUGUGCAGAAAUUUCCGGACUCUUAUAACAAUGAUGAGGUGUUAAAAUCUGUACCAGAGUUUGCCUACCCUUGUGAAUUUACCAGCACUGCAGUGCAGCACUUCAGCUUUGUGUUGACGAGCAUUGACAGCAAGUGGACAUUUGGCUAUUGUCGUCAUGCUCCCAACUCUCAAACCUGCUUUGUGCUUCUAAGCUACUUGCCCUGGCAUGAAACAUUUUACAAGGUGCUUAACCAGAUCGCAGAACUAGCCAACAAGAAAGAUUCUAGUCUAAUGGGUCACUUCCUGGAAUCUCUUUAUCGUACACCUGUUCCCGAACCUGGGUUCCAGCUAAAGGUUUACUAUGACACGGACAAAAAUCCAUUUCAGUGUGCCUGCUCAGAUCAUACAAAGUUACCAAGCAUUCCGGAAAAUAGGAACCUAACAGAGUACUUCAAUGCAGUUGAUGCAACAAAUAUGAUUGUGUUGUUUGCAAGUAUGCUGCACGAGCGGAGGAUUCUGAUCACCUCAAGACGCCUCAGCAGGCUAAGUGCCUGUGUCCAGGCAGCGAAUGCUCUUAUUUACCCAAUGGAAUGGCAGCACAUAUACAUCCCAGUUCUUCCUAAUCAUCUUCUCGACUACCUCAGUGCUCCAAUGCCAUUCCUUAUUGGCGUUCCUGCAGUCACACUAGCAAGGGUGUCUAAAAGUGAGCUCGGUGAAGUGGUUAUCCUGGACGUUGACAACAACAAGGUUGAAACCCCCUUCAAGGAUGUGGAAACACUUCCAAGUGAAAUUGUGUUGCCACUGAAGCGCAGUCUACGUACGCACCACCAGACACUUGGUGAUGGUGUGUCCCAGGCAUUUCUUCGUGCUCUGGUGGCUCUGAUGGGCGGCUACCGAGAAGCCGUACGCAUGGAAGUGGGACAGCGAAUCACCUUUGACCCUGACCGCUUCCUGCAGUCACGCCCUGCCAGCCUUCGACCUUUUUUAGAACGCAUGCUGCAGCUCCAGAUUUUUCACCAGUUUAUCGAAGGCAGAUUGCAGAUUCUCAACUCCUGUGAGGUCCACAAUGACAUAUUUGAGCUGGAGGUGAACAUGUUUGAUGACAGCUCCAACAAGCAGUUCAAGCAGCAUUACAAAUACUGGUUGGCAAACAUGAAGAAAGAAGGUGGUGCAUUGCUGAAGUCUAUGAAGAGCAAGGCUAACCCAGCUGUUCGCAAUGCCUACAAGAAUGUUAAAGACAAGGGCAGAAAAGCCUACACGAAUAUACAAGGCAAGAUUGCUAAUAUGCAGAAGGGCACCCAGGAUGACAUGGCAUUGUCUAGGAGAGAUAGCAGUCAGCCCUGGAGUGCUCCAGCCAGUCCAACGAUGGGCCGCGUGAGACCUGCUACAACAUUUCAACCUCUGAAUCAUAACACUACAGGUUUGGUCUCUCCACUGAAGACGUCGUCUUUAGAGACAAGUGCUAGGACACCUGUCAAGAGCCCCACUGAGCCAAGCCUUGAUGUGGUAGCUGAGCUGUCGGAGGACACUGGUUCUAGCAGCUCAUUCCAGCACAUUGACAUGGACCUCUUGGGACCCCUACAAGAGAUUUUCAGCCGUUGCAGCACCACCAACCUGCAGGUCCAGCCCAGCCAAGUGAACCAUUUGGCCUCGCCACAGGCACCACCAGAAAAGCAGGCAUUCAGUGACCCAUCACUGCACAAGGUGCCCUUGGCCCCACCUCCGAGAAAAGCACUAAGGAACAGCAGCCGACCUUCGCCAUCCUCAGAUGCACCACUGAUUCGUCUGGACUCCCAAGAGAAUGAUGAUGAACUUGCUAACCACCAAGCACCUACAGAGGCUAAAGGAGUUCCUGUGUUGCCACCGCUUCCAGCACAGCUAGUGCAUACAACACAGCCGGCGGUACAAGCAAUACAACCAGGAAUGCAGACAGUGCAGCCACUGGUAUCUACAGUACAGCCAGCAGUUUCAACAGCAGUUCCAAUGAUACCACCAAGGGGGCAGACAGCUUCAACUCAGCUGCCACUGGCAGCAAAUGCUACUGCAUUUGCUGCUCAGUCAUUUGCCCCAUCACCCUAUUCAAACCUCCAGAGACGGUUCCAAGCCGUACCUUACAUGGGAGCUCCUCACCCAUCUUUUGCUACAAAUCCAUUUCUUCGGAUGCCUUGGACUCCACCGGUGACUCCACCAGUGACACCACCAGUCACAUCACGUCCUCCUAUGGUUCCCGUUUCACAGCCAGCACCAUCUCCGGUGUUCCCCAAACAGCAGGACCCUUGUGCCGACCUCAUUGACCUUUGAUUGUGCUAAUUACGAGGAGGCACCAUGGCCAUACAAGUGCUUCAACUCUUAUUAUUUAUUUAGGUUUAAGUGACGUAGGCAUAAAUACUUGUGUAUAUAUAUUGGCCACCGAGAGGAGGACUGCAGGAGAGGUAGGCAUGAGCAUAUGGAGGAUUUAAUUUUGGAGUGUCGUGCACUGAUGUAGCAUGAUAGGUUUGUGAAGUUGUUACUCAGAUUGGGCUCUCUAAACAGAUACUAGGCAGAUACUUUGUAGAGAGUUCAAAAAAAAAAAAGUUGUUUUUCUCCUCUUGCUUUGUAUGUACAGCCUUCAUUUUAGUAUAAUCCCUAGAAAAUUUGUCAGAAUUUUAAGGCCUUUAGUGUUGUCAUUUAGUUGACAUCUGAAUUUGCAAAGGUAAUGUCAGUAAGACUUCUGUGAUAAUCUGAUGCAAUGUUCAUUGUAGAAUUCGCAAACAUUAUGCUUAGCACUAACAUAGGGGCUUCACAUAUUGUUUCUAUAAAGCAGUACAAGCUACCUGGUUAGAGAAAAAGAAGCUUAGAAAGAAAAAGCAGUUAUUUACACAUGUGUAGAUAGA